GAAAAGCUAAAAUAAAUAAAUAAAUAAAUAAAAAAGACCAAGUGGGAUUAAGAGGAAAAACCCAGCAGUCACCCUGGGAGGGACACAUGUGAGGUGGGAUGGAGGGAGAGAUUGAGGAAAAGGGCCAGAGCAUCGAAAGUGGGAUAACUUUUACUCAGGCCGAAACAGUGACUCAGAGUUGUGGCAAAGACAGUGAUGAGUCACAAAGCCUCCAGGAACCAGAGGAGGAAGACCAGGCUGACGGAGGACACUAUGAUGGAGAUGGAGAGCCCAGCCAGGGUGCAGACGAUCAGUGCAGCGGUGCAGAAGCGUUACCAGACAGCACUCUGGUAGCCACAGACACCCAGGACGAUACUGGGUGCCUCCCAUCAUCCUCCCUACAGACAGAAGAAGAGUUGUCCCCCACUCCUGUGUUAUCUUAUCCCUCUAACACACACAAUCGCCCACCUGAACCCUGCUGGUACUGCUUGAGGUCUCUUGACUCAGAGUAUCGCCCUGAAACUACAAAACAGCAGGACGACUCUGAUCAUUUGUCACCGCUGCCCUCUAGUGGUCAAAAAGUGAGCUACCAAACAGACCCUCGGCCACACUUUGGUGUAGCUUGGUCGUCCCACUCGCCGUGUCACCCACUGUGGGGAAGCGAGGGGCCCUGCUGGGGUCAGAGAAACCAGGAAGUGCACUAUCAGACACACACCUGUCCACACUGCCAUCUGGGCUUGCCCCCUGACACACUACGCUGGCACGAGGCAAAGUGUCUGCUGUUUGAAGAUCUGAGGAAGUCAAACAAAUAGAUGAAGAAAAUGUUCUUUUUUGUUAAUAAAAAUAGUGUCUGCUGUUUAAAUUAGAAUAUUCUCAGGAAGCUUUUAGUGUUUUAGUGUUGUGCAGUAUCUGCUUGUGCUAGUAAAUAUCUAUCUAUUUACACUUAAGCUUUGUCAUCACUAUUCCUCACUUAUUAUUGUAUUAUAUAUUAUUAUUUUUACUCAAUGUUGAAUUUCUGUGACGUUCAUUGAGCAAGGUGAAGUCAUUCGCUUCAUUUUCCUGGUCUACAUCCCUAUGUUAAAAUUAAGAUUGUUUAGAUCUUUUACAUUUAUUUUUUCAAUAAAUAAUGUUAGAAAUAGACUAAAGAAUGCACAAUGAUGCACUCACAUUCUCAUUUUAUUUU